AUGCCUCCAAAAAAGGCGAAGAAACAGAAACCAUUUGAAAAACUUCAAGAUUUUGUCGAAGCAUACAAAAAGAAUUGCGAGCUCUUCGGUGUUGAGCCUCUAGAUCCAGUCAUGGAUAUCUACAACGAUGCAAUUAUUAAAAAAGCAAAGAAGCAGCCAAUCAUGUUGCAAUUUGCCGACGAAGAAGUUAACCCUGAUCGCAUUAGACCAUUAAUUGAAACAUAUCAAACAACAGACGUCAAAAUUAAAAUCUUAUCAUUCCUUAAUACAAAAUCAGGCGAUGGAGGCCUUCAUGCUCUUGCCCAUGCAUUGAAACAACCAUUAGAACUUGUUGGUUUAGCAUACCAUGCCAAUAAUGUUGGUCCAAGUGGUUGUAGAGCGAUUGCAAGAGGAUUUGUUGAAUCUAAAUUCCUAACAAUACUUGAGCUUGACUUUAAUGCUGGAAUUGGCGAUGAAGGUGUUGCUGGUCUUUGCCAUUAUGGCCAUUGUCCUUCAUUGAACAGAUUAUCCCUUAGUUUUUGCAAUAUUGGCGAUAAAGGCGCUGAAACUCUUGCCAAAUGGCUUGCUAAACCAGAAUGCCAGAUCAAAGAACUAAUUCUUAAAGGAAAUCAAAUUGGUCCGCUUGGAGCAACAGCUAUUGGUGCAAAUCUACCAGAUAAUAAUUCAUUAAAUAGACUUGACCUUUCAGAUAACGUAUUCGGAUAUAAUGCAGAAUGUUUGAACGCUUUACAUGAUGGAAUUAAAGGAUGCGCUCCACUUAAUGCCGUUUUACUACUUAAUAACUUCGAAUGUCCUGAAGGACUUGCAGAGAAGUUCUUAACUUUAGUCACUGAAAAGCCUUUAGGUGAAUUCCAAUUAACAGUCAAAAUGGAUGCGAAUACAUUCCAAAAUACGAGAGCCAUUUCACUUACAAAUGCAAAGAAGAUCGCCAAAGAGGCCAAAAGGAAGAAGAAACCAGAAGGAGAAACUGCAAGAACAGAUGGCGCUUCUGCAGCUCCUGCUUCAACAAGCGCUGCACCAACAGGUAGAGCUUCUGAAGCUGCUGAACAAGCUCCAGCUGCUCCAGCACAACCUCCUGCAGAACAAGGAGAAUGA